AUUUAAGAGAAAAUUCUCUUAUAAAUAUAUUAAGAAAAUAAGUUGAAAAAAAAAAAUAGAAUGCAAAAUAAAAUAUUACAUAAGAAUUAAAUUGAGCUUCAUCAAGGAAAUAUUUAUAAUUCAUAAAUGUAUUAUGUCUAUUGUGCUUAGUCUAGUAAAUUUGGUCGAAAUAUGAUAUGAAAUGAAUUAUGAAUGGAUCAACAGGCUUUUAUGAAAAACUGUUGGUUGAUAUUGAAUUUAUAUCAAGAGAUUUAUUGGUGGCUUCAGUUAACAUUGAGGGGAUUAUAUAUAGAGGAGCUUUGUUGAAGACAAUAAGCCAAAAUUUCUCAAGUUACAAAUUUGAUGAAUAUAAUGUUGAUAUAAAUCUUAGUUCAAACAAGCUUGAAUCAUUUGAUAAACCUUCAAUAGUUGAUACAAAAACAAUGGUUUCAUGCACAAUUGUUGAAUCUAGUCAUAUUGAUCAGUUACAGAAAAAAAUUCCUAAUGAGGUAAAAGUUUGCAAAAGUUUAAUGUCUCCUGAUUUAUAUAUUAUGAAUCCAACUAAAUCUACAAUGACUGUUUAUAAUAACAAUUAUGCUGAUGAUACAUUAGCAAUUAAUCAAGAUUAUAUUGGAUUAUUAGAUAUUUUAGAACCUUUUGUAGUUGAUGAAGGCCAAGAAUUGUGUAAUGACAAUCAAGAACUGUUUGAUGUGGACAAAUUGAUUGAAGGAGAAUAUUCUAACCAAGAACCUCUAGACCCCCUUCCCACAUUAUUUACUCACAACUUUAACACCACUAAUCUAAUUUCAUCUCAAAAUAAUAUUGACUGCAAAUAUAAUAGUUUUGUAACAGAUCAUAUUCAAAGAGAUGAAAAUGAUAUUAAUUUUUCAAUUCCAUUAAAUUCUAAUGAAUCUCUGCAAAACAUUUUAAAAUUAAAUGAAUCCCAAGAUAUUUUGAACCAUUCAUAUCACCCAUUUUCAAACCUAAAUUUUAAAGAGAAAAAUGAAUCCAAGAUAAUUUUUGCACCUAGUUCAUGUUUCAUAUCCACUAUCAAUAAUAAAGUAUCUUCAUUAUCACUACAUGAUUCAAAAAUUUCAGACAUAUUACCUACUACUUUUAAUACAUAUAAUUAUGUUAACACCAAUGCAAUCAGUAGUCAUACAUUAAAAGACUCUAUGAAUGAUAAUCCUUCUUCCAGUUUAUUAGCCAAUUCAAGCAGCAUCAUAAUAAAUGAACCUUCAAAUACUGUUCCAAUAUGUGAUUUAGAAGCCAAUUAUCACCAAAAUAUAACCCCCCAAAAUUGUUUACCUAAUGAUAGCAACAAUAUUAAAAAGAUACCCAAAGGCUGUUUUACUGACCUUUCCCCUGCCACCCUUUUUAGAUGCACCUAUUAUCGGAAUCCUGCCAUAAUUGCUGAUUAUUACCAUACAACUCCUUUAACCCCAGCUAUAUUAAAUGAUAAAGGCAAGGAUCAAAUGGAAAUAUCAUGUAACUCAGAAAUAUCAAAUAAAACUCAUUUUACUACUGAUCAAUACAAUAAUAUAAAGUCAAAAUUAAACAAUAUAGAUAAAUUUCAAGUCAUGACUCAGCCUCAUGCAACUUAUUAUGGGCGAGAUUGUAUUUGGCCUUGGCCUUUGCCUACUAAGGCCCAGGUUAUCAGGAAUGCUAAAAGGUUUUCUAAAUCACGCCGAUACAUCUGUAUUAAGUGUAAAAGCAAAAAUGAAAAUAAUUUAGAUGUUCAAGGUGAUAAAAUCUCUGUUAACAUUAACAAAUUCAUUGAAACAGAUGUUAAUAAUGUUGAUUGUAAAGUUGAGGAGAAAGUUGACAUCUCCAAUAGUAAUGAAAAUGGGAAGGACCGAAUUGAUGUAUGCUCAUCGCCCAUUAAAUAUACACGUCCUCUGACUAGAUCACAUUUAUUAGCAACAGCUCAAAAUAUCCCCGGUUCAACAUCCCGUAAAGAUUAUCACUUUCGAUUAUCUUCCGACAAAACGAAUCAUCUUUCCAACAUCAAAUCUAACCUAUCCUCCUCCAUAUUAAUGGCAUCCAAAAGGGUGGCUUCAUCCAUGAGUAAACGGAAAAAUAAUCACGAAAUAAAGUUCAAAUCGACCUUCAAUAAUCCUAUGGUUCCUCGUCAUUCUUAUUACACCAUUUGUACACCAAAUUUAAGCGCUAAUGGCAACGACCUUAUUGGAAGGCCUUGGGGGGAAAUACCCAUUCCUAAGUUGAAAUUAAAGUUAAAAACGAUCAGCGCAAUCUCCUCAAAUAUUACCAAACCUUCGAUCGUUGCUUCUAAUAUCCCGCCUCCCCCCAAAUACUUACAAAGUAAUGAAAAUGGUAUGACCAAAAAGGGUGCUGGAUUGAAAAUGAUAUUUUCGCUCAAGGAUAUUCCGAGUAAUAAGCUAACUACCCAACACAAUCACCACCCUAAAAAUCAAGAAGCCCAUAUAUUGGUCGACAAAAAAAAACGUUCCGACGAGCACCCAACCAGUUACGAUGACGGGAACGAUAACAAAAUUAGCGAUCAACUAAACAACGAUAAAAAUAUUGUCCACAUACAUAACGUGGAGAAAAAUGAGGAACCCCUUGAAUUGAAAAUGAGUGAUCACCGAAAAAGCAAAAGACGAGGCAAAAAAAAACGUAGGAAGAAUAAGCAUAUUAAACCCAGCACUAUUCUAAGGGAAGAUUCGAUAAAGAAUAGUGCCGUAUUAACUUGCCCCAUAGUUUGUUUACCCGUACCCGAUCCCGAAAGUAAUGAUAAUCCCGGUGGUUUAGUGACGAAUGACCAAUUGAGCCACGACGUGUCAAAUGUCGCAUUAACUCAACAAAUAAAUGAUACCCAUUCAAUGGACGAAGAAGAGAUCGAAAAACCGUUAGUCAUAGAUUUGCCCGAGUCCGACACUAUUUACAACGAUAUUCAUAUUACCGAAAACAAUCCUGACAACUCUAACUAUCCCGAUUAUAAUGAACGGCGCAGUUCGGUCAUAAUAACUAAUAAAAAUCAUUGCGAAUCCGUUAAAUCACCCAAUCAAAUUCGGUAUAGCAAAAGAAAGCGAACAUCGACACUUCCACGCGAUCUCACCGAUAAAACUUCGCGAAAUCACGAUAUCAAAUUUUUCCAUAAUUUAGGGAAACCUGAUAGCCCUCAUUUUCACGAUAAAGACUCCAAAUUCAAAAUGUCUAAUGAAAUAUUACAUUCCCCCGUGGAAAGCGGAGAUUCCGAAUUCCGUCCAAAUGACGUUAUUUUACCCGCCAAUGAGCAAAUAAAUCUCAGCGAAACCCGGUCAAAUUCAUUGGUAUGUCCAAAAUUACCCACGCAUUCAUUAAAUGUGGGGGAUAUCGUGUGGGGUAAAAUUCAGGGGUAUCCAUGGUGGCCAGCUAAAAUUCUUGAAUUUCGUUCAAAAAUUCCUGAAAUUCGCGCAAAAAAUUUGGACUUAUGUACACCACCCGAAGAAAAUAACGAAAAUAAUACAGUAACGAAAUGUUUCGUCUCAUGGUUUGGUGAAGCCGAACCUCGUUCUGUUUCCGAAGUUCUACCCAAAGAUGUCGUACCGUUCGCUCAAUUUUAUUCACGAUAUUACCGAAUUAAUAAAAAUGGCGGUGAUGGCAAGAAAUUUCACGGACCCGCUUCAUUUAAGGAGGCGCUGAAACAAGCGACGGCAGACGAUUCUAGGAAAAAAAAUUUAUGCAAAUCAUUUUAAUUAGAUGCAAAUCUCGAAUAUCCGGUUCCUAUUGGAAAUUUAUAUGUGCUCUAUAUAAUAUAUAUCACUGAUAAAUACAAAUACGCUCUCAUUUCGUUUUCCAACAAAUUUAUACGCCUUUUUUUAUAAUUUCCCAACAAAAAAUGGCCCGUUAAAAAAAUGUGAUUAAAAAAUAAUUUUAUAAAUAAUAUUAAAUAUAUAUGAUGGGAUUUAAUUUUCUGAAA